AUGACCCGAGUCACAUCCACAAUCUUUUGCAUUACUGGCGGUGCAUCUGGAAUAGGUGCCGCGACUUGCUGCCUUCUUGCUGAACGGGGUGCCACGGUUCUGGCAAUCUGUGAUAUCUCGUCGAAGCGCUUCGACGAUGUCAAGCUUUCCAUCCAGAAGGUUAAUCCUUCAACCGAAGUACACUGCACUGUCGUUGAUGUGACAUCUUCGGCGCAAGUUACGCAAUGGAUCCAGAGCGUCGUGUCUCAAUUCGGUGACCUUCACGGAGCCGCCAAUGUUGCUGGCAUAGCUCAGGGUGCCGGUUUGCGAAGCACCCCUACAAUCACAGGGGAGACGGACGAUGAAUGGCACAAAAUCCUGGAUACAAACCUGAAUGGGGUGUUCUAUUGCACGCGUGAGCAGGUGCGUGCCAUGAAGGACCUUCCUCCGGGUGAUAGGAGUAUUGUCAAUGUGGGCAGCAUUGCGGGCUAUUCUCACAUGCCGGAUGUCUAUGCAUAUGGUACCUCCAAAGGCGCCUGUGCUUAUUUCACACACUGUGUGGCUGCUGAUGCAAUAUCCGAGGGCAUUCGGGUCAACAAUGUCUCUCCAGGUGUUACAAACACUCCCUUGCUCCCGCAAUUUGCUCCAACCGCAAAAACAUUGGACGAGAUUGAACAAUCGUACAAAGCGGAAGGGCUUGCCUUGAUCGAACCCGAGGAUGUGGCAAGAACUAUUGCUUGGUUACUGAGUGGGGACUCACGGCCGGUAUAUGGGGCCAACAUCAACGUCGGCGCCUGUCUCCCCUGA